AUGGUCAGCGAACAAAGCGGUGUUCUUUCAGGGAAUAAUCCCAUGAGUGUUAACAAAACUGACCCUCUAACACUCGCCAUAGUACAGGUCGUUAUAAUAGUAGUUUUUACUCGUCUUCUUCAUCUUGGUCUUAAACAUAUUCGUCAACCACGAGUUAUAUCUGAAGUGAUAGGUGGAAUUAUCCUUGGCCCUUCUGUAUUGGGCCAUAUUCCGGGAUACAAACACAAUGUAUUUCCAGACGAAUCUAUUACUUACCUCAACCUUCUGGCUAAUUUGGGCCUGGUCCUAUAUUUAUUCUUGGUUGGUUUAGAAUUGAAUCCAAGGAUGAUAAAAAAUAAUUUAAGAUCCGUUGCUUUUAUCUCUGCGUCUGGUAUCAUAUUACCUUUUGCCUUGGGUGUAGGCGUCGCAUAUGGCCUGUAUGGUGCAAUGAAUAAUCAGCAAGUUGAUGGUCAGAAUGUGCCGUUUACUAGUUUUGUACUGUUCAUCUGCGUUGCCAUGGCUAUUACGGCCUUCCCGGUCCUUGCGCGUAUAUUAUCGGAGCUGAAGCUUAUGAGAACUCCCGUGGGUAAUUGUGCGCUAACCUCUGCUGUUGGUGACGAUAUUACCGCUUGGAUUCUGCUUGCAUUGGUUAUUGCAAUAAUUAAUGCCGCAAACUAUCUAACGGCUCUUUAUUCUUUCUUACUCUGCGCUGGCUGGACCUUAAUUGUUGGUUUUAUUGUUCGUCCGAUCUUAUUAAGAAUUAUUAUUGCAACUAAUUCAAAUCAAACUUCUCCAUCAACAUUAAUGGUUGCUAUUACUUUAUCGAUCGUUUUAAUAUCUGCGUUUAUUACAAAUAUCAUUGGUGUUCAUUACAUUUUUGGAGGUUUCAUUAUUGGGGUAAUACUUCCUCAUGAAGGAGGUUUCGCGGUGGGAAUUACUGAAAAAAUUGAAGACCUGAUUAGUGUCCUGUUCAUACCUAUA